AUGGCAAGUAGUGUCGGCAAGUUUGUGCCGUGGUCGGGAGAGCUGAGUUGGGUCAUGUGGCUACAGUUUCAUGGAUUUGUUGUUGUUGUGUGCUUGCUACAGCUGACCGUCUUAGAAGGGGCCGAUGCCGACACGAUACCCACAACAGACACUGUGACAUCACUUCCUAGCAAUGACACUGCUAUACAAAACAUCACUGCCCGGCCGGAGGGACACACAGAAGAGAUUAACACAGGUACGGUGGUUGCAGUCUCCAUUAUCUGUAUACUGUUGUGCAUUACUAUUAUUGUCGCUGUCUACUUCUUCAGAAGAAAAAGACAGUUCCGCAUGAUGGACAAGGAGAAAAAGAUGCAGAUCCAGAUGUCCUCGGCUCGCAAUGCUGGUGUAUACCAGGAUCUGACUGUCAGUGUCCCAGGAGACGAGAAGCCUGCAGCAAGUCCUGAACAUGAACGACUGAAAGCAGCAGAAGAUGUCUGA